GGAUGAGAGAAGAGACCUGUGAGUUGUAACUGGUACUUUGAAAAAAAUACAUUUCACAGAAUGUACACCGAAUGGUUCAGAUCCUGAACACGCCUUCAUGUGGGAGGAAACCUAUCAAGGGGGAGUCGACAUGAGUCAACGCUUGAAACUGGCACAUUGUGAAAGAAGGCUAUCAGUGGAUAUGCAAGAGAGAGUCCAAGAGGAGGGAAAUUGUUCUCAAUGAAAAGAUCGAAGUGAUUGGACUGCACAUUUUGGAGGCCAUGGCACGAUGCAGGUGUAGCGGAAGGGCCUUGUGCCUUUGUCUACUUCCAUUUUUGAUGAUGAGUCAUCUCUUGGUGUAUAUUAUGGUGACCAUAUUUGUCGCCAUGUCCUACACACCUGAGCCUAAGCCUCUGACCCUGCCUCUUCAUUUCAUAGCCUCUGGAGCCUCGUCAAACUCCGGAGCUCUUGGACCACAUCCACUCCAUGAGUUUUGGAACCUACGUUUGGUGGAGGGUGCUUUGUGGAACCGCCUUCAGCACCUCAAAGACAGAGAAAACAAUCCAAUAUUGAGAGUUAACACCACAGGAGGCAUGUUUCCAGGCACUGAGAAUACUAGCAUGCAUGAAAAUGAUGGUUCUCCUCUAUGCAAACCUUAUCAUCUCUGGGCAUCUCAUCUGCCUGACUUUAACACUAUGCCUGAGCAGAUGAAGGACUUUGUCUUGUCCAUGCAUUGUCGAAACUACACCCUCCUGAUGAACCAGCCUGACCUGUGCAAAGGACAAGAUACCAAAGCAGACGCCCCUCUGCUAUUUAUGGCAAUCAAGUCCCAGGUGGGAAACUUUGAGAACAGGCAGGCCAUUAGGGAGACAUGGGGGAGGACUGGCUGGGUACAGCAAGAGGCAGGGGGAGAAAGGUGGCAGGUGCGCGCUGUGUUUCUGCUUGGAAGGCAGGACAUAACAACAGGUCCUCAUCCGGACCUUGGGGCACUUUUACAGUUAGAGAGCAGGCUUCAUAAGGAUAUCCUGCAAUGGGAUUUCAGAGACACGUUCUUUAACCUCACCUUGAAAGACGUGCUUUUCUGGGAUUGGCUCUAUGUGCACUGCCCACAAGCCCACUUCAUCUUCAAAGGAGACGAUGAUGUCUUUGUUAGGACCGGGGCUCUCUUAGACUACUUGGAUAAACAAUAUGCACCUCUACAAAGGAAAACCAAAAAAGUUAGAGACGAUUUCAUUGUAGGAGAUGUGAUUACUAAUGCUUGGCCCAGUCGUCAGCCCACAGCUAAAUAUUACAUACCUGAGAGUUUUUAUAAAGGUGUGUACCCAGCAUAUGCAGGUGGAGGAGGAGUGGUAUACUCCGCCGCUCUGGCCAUGCAACUAAGAGAGGUCUCACAAUGGGUCGGUUUGUUCCCCAUUGAUGAUGUGUACAUGGGGAUGUGUCUCCAGAGACUGGGUGUUUCCCCUAGUCAUCAUCCUGGGUUUUUGACUUUCGAUCUUCCCGAGGCCAAAAGAGAGGUGCCGUGCGCUUACCGCAAAGUACUACUGGUGCAUAAGCGCAGCCCUAAAGAGAUGCUUACAUUGUGGAGAGCCCUAAAGGCUCCACUUGAUGAGUGCUAGUCAGGGAGCUGCUGGAAAGACUUUUUCUGAUUUGUAUAUUAUAUAUCAGAAAUAAAAAGCCCUGUCUUUUUAAAAACAAGCCAGAUUUGAAUAGCUACCUUCAGGUAUUUUCAUAUGAAUGGAGUGUAAUCAUUUGCAUAAUGAAUAGUUCACUCUUUGGUCAGUUUGUUUUGGCUGUUAAUGCUGCUUACAGAAGUUGUACUGUGACAUGCUAGAAAGAUUUUGUAUUGUAUUGGUAUCUUUCUUUCUUUCUUUCUUUCUUUCAUUUAUUUAUUUCUAUAUUUUUAUUUAAAUUGUAAUUUCUUUUUCUAAGGUUCCUAUGGAUGGUUUAUGCCAGCAAAGCUGUAGGUUUAUGCACAAAUCAUUUAAUUUAAUAAAAAUGUGUUUGGUUUAUCACAUAAUUUUAAGACAUAUGCAGUUUUGCAUUUUCCAUGUGUUGUAAAUGUUUUAAAGGUUUUAUCAAUGUUACUUGAUAUUGUUCUUCAUAUUAGGUCACGGUAAGCUUCCCUAAAAAAACACUGUGAUUAUGAAGCAGAAAUCCUGAAGCUGCAAUAUCUUCAUGGAACAAUAUCAAUCCACUACUACCUUUUGUUGUACACUGUAUCAUAUAUUGUAAAAAAAAUCA